AUGGUGGGUGCCAUACGCGACUACAAAAUUUUCUUGGUGAAUCAUAAUCUGCCUACCAUUUCAGCCUUGAUUGAGGCAGCUAGGAACAUCAGUACCACUGGUCCCUUGCACAGAUCUCGUGACAACCACCGCUACCCUCGCAGUAGCAGAGUUGCUGCGGUAACCUCUGCAGGAGGGAGCCGCUCGCAAGGGGAGGCGACAUCCUCUCGGAAGAGAAAGAGUUAUGAGGAUAGAAAUCCAUGUCCUUGCAGCGUUGAGAAUGUUAAAGCUCUGGUUAAAGAAUGGGUAGCUGAUGAACCACCAGACACCCUACUAGGGACUGUCCCAUUUGGUGAACAUGAACCUGCAGAGGUAUCUCUACCAGGUGCGGUCCAUGUCUCAGCAGCUGCAGUUGAGGCUUAUUGGGACUUAAAAUUUGAUGGAGCUUCGGGAGCUGGGAAAGGCGGAGCUGGCAUAACACUAACCAGUGAAGGAGAGAAGUUUCAUCUAUCAUAUAAGCUUGAUUUUGAAUGUUCAAACAACGAGGCUGAAUAUGAGGCGUUGAUAUUGGGUCUAAUCGCUGCCGAAAAGAAGGGACUCCGCAAGUUAAAAAUUUUGGGUGACUCCGAGUUAGUUGUCAGGCAAAGAAUGGGUGAUUUCGCCUUAAAGGAGCCUCUGUUGGGCCCGUAUCGCACUGUGGUUCAAGGGUUGCUCCCUCAAUUUGAUGAUGUCCAAAUCUAG